AUGAUUCUUUGCUUGUUCGACGUGGACGGUACUUUAACAAAACCGAGACUUCCAGUUGAACCGGACUUCGAAAAAUUCCUUUACGAUGAAGUUAAGCCACGUUGCGCUUUGGGGUUAGUUGGAGGGUCGGAUUUUAAAAAAAUUGCCGAACAAAUGAACGGUGUUGAUGUGGUGAACAAGUUCGAUUACGUGUUCAGUGAAAAUGGCCUUGUUUGGUACAAAAAGGGAGUGUUACAAAAAUCUUUCAACAUCCAAAAGCACAUGGGAGAAGAAAUACUACAGAAAUUUAUCAAUUUCACUCUGAAAUAUUUGUCUGGCAUAACUUUACCAGUUAAAAGGGGCACGUUUGUGGAAUUCAGAACGGGGUUGAUAAACGUAUCCCCAAUUGGUAGGUCGUGUUCACAGAGUGAACGAGAUGCGUUUGAGCAAUAUGAUAAACAACAUAAAAUUCGCGAAACUAUGAUUGAAGCAUUAAAAAAAGAAUUUCCGGACAUUGGUUUAACUUACAGCAUUGGGGGACAGAUUAGUUUUGAUGUCUUUCCUAAUGGAUGGGAUAAAACUUAUUGUCUGCAACAUUUAGAAUCUGAAGGGUUUACAGAAAUACAUUUCUUUGGGGAUAAGACUGCAAAGGGCGGAAAUGAUUACGAAAUUUACAUGGACCCUAGAACAAUAGGUCACAGUGUAAAAAAUCCAAGUGAAACCAAAGAACAAUUAAAACAACUAUUAAAACUGUAAAUUUAUUAUACAAAAAUAUAUGUAUUUUUAUUGUCCUAUA